GAUUAGAUAAAAUAUAAACACUCUUCUGAACUCUUCAGUAAGAUCUUACCAAGGAGAUUUUACCUCUCAGAAGUCAGAAAUCUUCUCCACUGAGCCAGCAGCUUCUCCACUCCCUGAGGGUCCACUCCUCUCUUCUCUGCCUCCAGAAGAUCCAGCAGCUUGUCCAGCAGCAGCAUGACUCCUCAUGGUCUCCUCCUGUCCGUCCUGGUCCUCUUGUCUUUCUUCAGCUCUGCCUGGAGUCCCAUGUGCAACAACAAGUGCUGUCAGUUCGUGGAGGAAUUCCCUGUCAGGCUAAAGAAGCUCAGAGAGGACUAUUCGCAGAUCAGAGACUUCUAUGAAGCAAACGAUGACUUGGACACAGCGCUGCUAGACCAGAGCGUCGAGGACUCCUUCAAAAGCCCGUUUGCGUGCCACACCAUGGACAGCAUACUUCACUUCUAUCUGAACACUGUUCUGCCAGCAGCCAUGGCUGGAGUGACGAACGAUACCAAGGACCUAAAGCCUUACAUGGAGUCCAUACAGCAGAUCUUCGACGAGCUCAAAAUUGAGGUCAAAACCUUACUCCACUGUAAGAUUCACUGGCACUGUGUUUGUAACAAAAUAUACUGUAAUAUAUAUACAAGACAUCUCUGUAAAUUUUGCAUUUAUCUUUUGUAAAAAAAAUACUUUUUCUCACUGUUAAAUGUACUAAACACCAUGUCUCUAACCAAAAUAUACUGUAAUAUUCAAUGGUAAAAUCCUUAAUUUAUGCAGCAUUUAUAAAGUAUUUUCUUGCCAAUUAUAUGUCAGAACAGUGUUUCUUUUGAUGGAAAAAACUUUUAUUUUUUACUGUAAAAUAUGGAAUAAAAUGGCAAUCUUAAACGUGAAAUCAACAGUGCCAAUAUUUUUUUACCGUAAUAUUAAAAAAAGUUAUGCCGUAUUUAUUACUGUAAAGUUCUGGCAACCACAGCUGCCGUUUUUUUUUUACCAUACAGUUGUUUUUUUUACAGUGUAUAACCAAAGCUACUGAGUACAAUUAAUUAGGGUAAAUUUGUUUAGUCUUAUGAGAUCUAUAAAUGUAUAUGUAUAUUGACACAUAACUGUAAAUGUAUAUUAAUAUAUUGUAAAUGUAUAUAUAACUGAUCAUCUGAUGGAAAAAGCCACAUGUUGGAGACACUGUUAAGUGGAACUAGUUCCUAUUAUAUGAAUGAUGUUUUUGUUUUAUAAAUUGUUGUAAAUUGUUUUUAUUUGUUGUUUCUGUUGCUUUUGUUGUGUGGUGUGUUUUAUGGAAUUGUCUAAUCCAGUGAUAAGACAAUUGUGUUGAGUCUGGACUCUGGACUGGAAGAGUAGCAAUGGCCAUAGCCAAAGCUAAUGGAGAUCCAAAUAAAUGAAAUGUAAAAUGUCUCAUAAAAUAACAAAUCAUUUUAAAUAUU